ACGAGUCGGAAAGCAACUCAGUUCAUCCAGUAAUCUAAAAUUUCGCCACGAAAAAUAAGCAAUGUCCGAGAAGAAGCGCGUGCAUCUUUUCAACUGCGAUAACACUUACGAUCUUACCGUCGUUAACGCUUGGAUUCUAGCAGUCCAAGAGAAAAUACCUUUCACUUUUACGGUAUCGACACAUUAUUUCAGUCUCCGUGACAUGUCUAAAUUAUGCGAAAACACCAUUUCUAAACUUCACAUUGAUUUCGCUUUUCUUGUGGUUAAUGCCAAAGAAUCUCGUCUAUUAUUCAACGAUAGUAAAGAAGAAAGCGGUUACACCAAAGUUUACAGAGCACUGCUCGACGCUACUGGUGAGAAAGUAAGUGUGGUUAUUGGUGGAGAUGACCAUUACAAAAACCAAGAAGAGGAGUAUCAAAAUGUGUUAUCACGCUGGGCACAUCGGAUUGUCAUCUCACAGCUCAAGGAAGAGCUUCGUGAUGGGAGAAAAAGCUUCGUAUUUUCUUGGAAUGAAAAACACCGAGCAAUCCACGAGCAGGCACUGCUGCAUUUCCUUGAUCCGAAGAAAGCAGGAGUCAAAUUUGGUUGUCAAUCAGAGAUGCUCGCUAAACCAGAUGCAGCUGGUGUUGUUGAGAAGUCAAUUUCCGCACUUAAUAUAGGAACUUGCGGCGUUGUGGAUUCCUCGACCAAGGAAAACGGAAAAGGCGUGGUGGAAUUCCUGGUUCUCUGUGGUGACCAAUCAGCCGUGACAGUUAUUAGCAACAUGUACCCCUCAAGCAUGCUUACUCCUUCUGACAUACAUGUUGGCAACCCCAAAGAGCUGAAAUCUCAUCUGUCGAAGGGUGCCUCUGUGUCGUUGUGUGCCAUUGGGCUCCAGGCGAGUGAUUUAAAAGAAAUUGCAUUCUCAAAAGAAUGGGAGAAAUCUGACUUUGGAGAACUGUUGAGGACUGUUAAAAAAGCAGCUGACAAAGUGGUAGUCGUGGUAAUGUACUCAGACAUUACUGCGGAGACGUUGCCACUAUCACAGAGUGAAGAAGUCCAAGUAACUGGAAAAGUGGAGUUGCUACUUGGCGAGAAAGGCAUUGUCCUUUGGUGGAGAGGACGCCCUCGCCAGACUACAGGCUGGCAGUGAAAAACGUCAUAGGCCAUCAGAACUGAGACGAAAAUCAGAAGAACCAAGUAAUUUACAAUCUUAAACCGAGGUUUUGUUUUCAAGUGUGCUGAAAGUUUCUUUUUUUUAUUUACUUUGCGGUUACUUUGCUCUAUUAUCAAGGACACGAUUUUUUUCCAGAGCCGAAAAAAUCAAUUAGGAACUAUUUGUGAUUUACUAAACAUGACAAAGCUAACCUAAGUUUUUCAAGAAGGAGAAGUUACGAAAUCCGAUUUCAUUUGACAUCACUUUUUGAUCGAAAAAUGUAUACUCACAUUAUAUUGGAAUACAGAAACAGUCGAUUAAGUGUUGAGCAACACUUCAGAAGUCAAUUUCCUGACGGAAACUUAACAGUCGCAAGAGAGUGUUUUUGCAUGAGCGACUUAUGUAAAUUUCAAGUAGAAAGAAAGCUGAUUAAUUAAAAGUCCAUUUUUCGUCUCCUUAUUGGAUUCUGGUCUUGAUAGCUAUGAAAAGCUUUCUAUAAGCUGUGAGGCCAUAAAAUCAAAUAGUACACCUGGAGUAUCACAGCUCUAUUUUGUAGCCCCUAAAAGUUAUAAAUAAUGUAUAGAUUUGGCCAAGCCUAAAAGCGGAGCUCUUGUUAGUUUAUU